UCAAUUAGUAUCACCUGGCAUCCUUAUAAAAAUCCUUGACCUGAACAUUAUUGCAUUAUUUGGUCAUCUUGCAUUCAUCAGGCAUGGCUUUCUAUCUGCUUCUGAGUAUAUCAAUUUUGGAAAUCUCAGUUUUGAGUGUCGCUGUGCGGACUCCAUUGAAAUGCAACCUGGGCACCAAACCUUGCAAGGAUGGAUCUGAGUGUAUUCUCUACCAGCAUGUGUGUGACGGCGAAGUUGACUGUAGGGAUGGCUCUGAUGAGGAGGACUGCACUGUCACAUGCACUAAAGGCCAGUUUCUGUGUGCCCAUGGGAAGAAGUGCAUUGACCAGAGGCAGGUGUGUGACGGGGUGGCCCAGUGUCAGGACCGUUCUGAUGAGGUGGACUGCCUAGAGCAUAUGGAGGGCUGUGCUCACCACUGUGACAAAAUCCGCUGCCUCCCUGACACCUUCCUUUGUGAUGGAGAGAAGGACUGCCUGGAUGGCACUGAUGAGGCAGACUGUGAUUCAGACUCCGAUGGUCACAAAAAUCAUCAUGAUGAAGUUUCUGAAAAUGACUCGCGCAACUACAAAGGGAUUACCACCAUGUCUGCACCAGCACCCCUCCAAUGUCCCUUUGGCAUGAAACCAUGUCAGGACAAGACUGCGUGUGUUCUUUACAGCCAUGUGUGUGACGGAGAUGCAGAUUGUAAAGAUGGCUCAGAUGAGGAGACAUGUUCAUUAGAAUGUGACAAUGGCCAGUUUCAGUGUGCCCAUGGGAAGAAGUGCAUUGACCAGAGGCAGGUGUGUGACGGGGUGGCCCAGUGUCAGGACCGCUCUGAUGAGACUCACUGCCUGAAGCCCAUGGAAGGCUGUGCUCACCACUGUGACAAGACCCGCUGCCUCCCUGAUACCUUCCUCUGUGAUGGAGAGAGGGACUGCCUGGACGGCACCGACGAGGCCAACUGUGAUUCAGACUCUACUGAUGAUCAUAAAAAUCAUCGCUAUUUUGUUGCUGAAGAUUAUGACGGCACCAACGACGGGAAUUCCACCUCAAUGUCUGUACCAGCACCCCUCAAGUGUACUUUUGGCACUAAACCAUGCAAGAACAAUAUUGAGUGUGUGCUUUACAGCCAUGUGUGUGAUGGAGAGGCAGAUUGUAAAGAUGGCUCCGAUGAGGAAGAGUGUUCAUUAGAAUGUGGAAGUGGCCAGUUUCAGUGUGCCCAUGGGAAGAAGUGCAUUGACCAGAGGCAGGUGUGUGACGGGGUGGCCCAGUGUCAGGACCGCUCUGAUGAGACUCACUGCCUGAAGCCCAUGGAAGGCUGUGGUCACCACUGUGACAAGACCCGCUGCCUCCCUGAUACCUUCCUCUGUGAUGGCGAGAGGGACUGCCUGGAUGGCACCGACGAGACCAACUGUGCUGAUGAGAGCUGCAGCAGUGGGGAGUUCCGUUGCACCAGUGGUCAGUGUGUAUCUAUAAGCAUGCGCUGCGACGGGCAUCCUGACUGUUGGGACCACUCUGACGAGGAGAGCUGCCACAAGCCCCCCCAGUGCACCACCAACCGCCGCUGCCCACAAAGCCAGGAGUGUCUGCUGGAGGAGUGGGUCUGUGAUGGGGAGCAGGACUGUAAAGAUGGCUCUGAUGAAGAGAAUUGCGAGAUGGUUCAAUUGAAGUGUGGCGCGUUCCAGUGGGCCUGUACAUCAAAGAGCCAAUGUGUUCCCAAAGCAUGGAGAUGUGAUGGAACAAAGGACUGUGCUGAUGAAAGUGACGAGGCAGGAUGUGCGUGGCCAGGGGCAACAUGCCCCUCUCACCAGUUCCAGUGUGCUAAUACAUCAGAGUGUUUGGACAUGGCCCUGGUGUGUGACUCAGUCAGAAAUUGUGCUGAUGGUUCUGAUGAGGGUGGCGACUGCAAAACCACGUGUCCAGACAAAGCCAUAUGUGUCCAAAACUGCGACAGCACACCACAGGGAACAAGGUGUGGGUGUAAGGCUGGUUACCAGCUUGACGAGGAUGCAGUGUCCUGUGGUGAUAUUGAUGAGUGUGUAGGUGGUAGACAAGGUGUUUGCAGCCACUCAUGCGUAAACACUCAGGGCUCUUUCCACUGUCACUGCAACCCUGGUUACCUGUUGGAAUCUGAUGGCCGCCACUGCAAGAUCAUGGGUGAGCCUUAUCUUCUGGCCUCUGUGCAGACAGACCUGUUCCUUGUUGGGCUGAGAAGCAGUAGUCUGGAUGUCCUGGUGUCCUCUGCUAAGAAAGCCAUCCUGUCUGUGGACUAUGACUGGAAGGAUCAGAGGGUGUUCUGGGUCAGCCUGGAUUCAGAGAGCAUAAAGUGGUCCUCUCUAGACCAAAAAAAACAAGGAACUCUUUUCAAAGGCAUCAAAUCUGACUGCAUUGCUGUUGACUGGGUAGGGAGAAACCUGUACUGGAUUGAUGGUAUUGGAGGUGGUCGGAUUAUUGCUAUUGGAUUAAACUCUACCAUUACAAGCGCUCUGGAUCUCACUGUCAUUCUUGAAAAGGAAUUUGAACAACUUCUCUCUCUGGCACUCCUGCCACAGAAGGGGCUCCUGUUCUGGUCGGAGAUGAGUAACGAGGCAAAGAUUGAGCGGGCCGGAAUGGAUGGGUCUGAGAGGAGAGUGGUGGUCAGUCACAGCCUUGGCUGGCCAGGCAGUCUGGCUGUGGACCCAAUAGGGGAGCGGCUCUACUGGACGGACAAGAAGCUUGGGUGCAUUGGCUCAGCCACUCUGAAUGGCGGGGACGUCAAGAUUCUGCAGUUGCCGGAGACCACCAACCCGUUCUCGGUCACAGUUUUCAAUGACCUGCUCUACUGGUCAGACUCCAAGAGGGGAACUAUUCAAGGGGCUAAUAAAAUCACUGGAAAGAACUGCAAAGUUCUACUCAAACGACCUGCACAAACCUUUGGACUCAAAGUCAUUCAUCCACUGCUGCAAACAAGCACUGAUAGUCCCUGUGAGAAACUUCAUUGCUCUCACCUGUGUGUAUUGGCCCCUGGCCCCAAAGGGGUCUGCAAGUGUCCCUCUGGUCUGCUCCUAGCAGAGGAUGGCCUCAACUGCUCCAACCUGGUCAACUCUGCCUUCCUCUUGGUGUUGUCUCCAACAGUUGUCACACAGAUCUACCUGCAGACCAUGCUCAGUUCUGUGGGCCUGAAGACCUGGCCUGAGCACCUCUCUCUACCUCUCGCCAAUGUCAAUGAGGCAGCUAUUUUGGAUUACACCCUACGAGACAAGAUGUUGUACCUGGCUGACUCCGGCCAGUCCUCUGUAGGCCUCUUCAAGCUGAAGGAGACCAGCUUGGUGCCUCGCGGCCAGUUCCUGCAACUUGAAGGGGACACUGUCACAGCCCUGGCUCUGGACUGGAUAACCCUCAACGUGUACUGGAGUAGCACCAAACAGUCACGCCUGCAGGUCACCUCUUCCAAUGGGGAACACACUGCUGUGUUAAUUGAUGACAUUGGAAGUCUGGAGUCUAUAGCUCUUCACCCACUUAGUGGAAGACUCUGUUUUGCCAAGAAGGGGGAAGGUGCUCAUGUGGAGUGUGCUCACAUGGACGGGGGGAAGCGAGUGCAGGUUUGGAAGGAUGCUGUGCAACCCACCUCCCUGACUUUCUCCAAUGAUGGCGGGGAGAUUUACUGGGCUGACAUCGGCGCUGGGGUGAUCAGCUCUGUCAGAGUUGAUGGUUCUGGAUACAUUGAGUUUACAACUGGGGAUGGCCUGAUUGCAUUUGCGCUCAGCAACAGCAUGCUCAUCUGGGUGACAGACCGUGACACAACCCAAGUUUGGUAUAGAGAUGACCAACUGAUCAAGACACUUUGGUUUGAGGUCAACACUGAAGUUGUCAGUUUGAAGGCCUACAGCAAGUCCAGCCAGAUGGGCUUCAACUUCUGCUCUGAUGGGAAUGGAGACUGCAGUCACUUCUGUCUGGCUGUCCCUGGUGGUAGGACAUGUAGGUGUGCCCAUGGCCAUCGACCAGUCAAUGCCACACACUGCGCCCUAGACCAGCACUGCCCAGCUGGUAGUAGACCCUGUCUGGAUGGGCGCACAUGCCUCCCCCUAGAGAAGUUCUGUGAUGGGCAUCCUGACUGCCUUGACACCUCGGAUGAGAAUUGUGUCCAUCUCAAAGGGCAGUCUGAAGUCCAGUCCAAAGCUCCAACCCUGCCUCCAAGCCCCAGCAUUCCCACAUCUGCAGAUCUUGGCUCUACCACCUCUCUGGACAACAGUGGGCUGGUGAGAAACCUGGAUGUCAAGCAGCAGUGUAGUGAGAAGCACUGUAAUGGGAAUGGGGAGUGUGUGGAGACCAAUGGGGGCACCUCCUGUGCCUGUGGUAAAGGCUACAGUGGAGACUCCUGCCAAGACCAGCUCGCCAACACCAUGCAAGGCCCACUAAUCUAUGGGGCCGUUGGCCUCUGUGCUGCGAUUGUAGUUAUCAGUGUCCUCGUUGCCGUGGUCAGGAGCAAGACUGCAAACGCAAGGUACCGAUCCAGUCCUGUGGUAAAGCAGACCAGUAUGACUGACUUGGCGAAACAUGGAGAUUCUCCCUCUACACAACAUUCACCUGACGACACUAACUUUUCAGAGGAAGUGGCAUCAUCUGUGGCGUAA